AUGUUAAAGCUAGAUGUAACUCCUUUGGACCCUGUGGUUUUUUUGUUUGACAUUCGGACACGAACUAGAAGCACUUUUCAAAUAAUUAUCGAAUCAGAUGAACCUACGUUACAAAAUGAGAGAAGGAUCUUUGACAUUGACCACAGUCUUAGAAUAAUAGAACUUAAACAGUUUAUCGUGGCGAGAAUUGACCUUGGUGGGGUGUCAAGAACACAUUUUGACCAACUUGAAUUAUUGUAUAAUGGAGUGAAGUUGCCCAAUACCAAGGAAAUCGACCAAAAAACAGUGAUUGAAGCUUUUGACUUGAAUGAAUCGACUUUGGAUGAAAGAGAUCCAGUAUCUAUCCAUUUAACUAUCUCCGAUAAUUUAAGUAAAGCUAAUGUAUUGAGUGGUUCCUUUUGGAGAGAACUUAGCCAAACUGGUAGUUUUGAGUUUUUGCCCGGGUCAUUACAACGAAUGGUUGAUGGAAAUGUAGAGGGUUCUUCUUCUUCAAAGCAUAAAAGUACCUUGCUGGAGCAGCCUAUGUCGCACCCCAUGUCGCACCCCGUUGAUCCUAUUGAACCUACCAAGCUCAUCACUAAAGACCAGUCUGUUUGGGAAUUGGAAGGUGAAUCUUUCGAAGUCAUUAGUUCACCUAACAUUGGAAAACGGUUAGUUAAUCAGUCAUCAAUCGCAAAUACCGAGUUUGAAGUAACGCUAAAAGUGGACGACACCAUCAAAUCAGUAACUUUAAACACAUCACAAUGUUUUAUUGUCGACAAUGACUUACAUCAACCAUACUUGUUGGUCAAUCCUAGUGGAAUUGCAAAGUUGGAAUCUGAAUUUACCCUGAGCUCGGGACAACUGUUGUUAGAGAAGGUAGAGAUUAUGAUGUUUCCAGCUGCCCUAGAAGUAGAGCAACCUGCAAAUGAACAACCUGUUAAUGAGGUAGAUAGAGGUUUGAAUGCAGUUGACAAUGGCGUGCUUAAUAGAACUUUCAAUGAAGGAAAGAGAUUGCUUCUUUUAGCACUUAAAGUUGUGGUGGUAUUAUACUUUAUGGGAGUCAGACCUAACAAACAUAUAAAGACCCAUUGGAAGAUUUACUUGCUCGUGAUCUUGGUCAUUUUCCAAUUGUAUAUUUUGGCCUUUACUGGUCGCAAUGUAUACCUUGCUCAGCAGCAAGGUCAAGCGAGAAACAUAAAUGCCCCGGUGGUUGCAAAUGCAACCAAGAUUAUCAGGAUUGCAGUUCGGAGAACAUGGGACCACGAAAUUAUAGUAACAGAAAAGUCCCAGCUAGUUAAGCAUUUGAUGUAUAAUGUUGAAAUCUUGUGGAAAGACAGUUUGCUUGGGGUUCUUUCGCUUUUGCCCUCUUUUCAAUUAUCAAUUCUUGAAGAGUUG